GUUCCUCCGUUUCGUGAAUGUGUCGCGCGUGUGCAUCUCGCGCAAGUAUGAUUCGUGCUUUCACAGAUUCUAUGAGAGUGGUUGUGUGGUGCACGUAGACACGGCCUGGCACGUAAUUCCGUGGAUUUCUCAACCGUUACCAUGUCCUCAGGCAAGAAGAGCAAGAAGAAGAAGGGAGUGACCGUCGAUCUAUGGUCAUUCCUGGCCGAAGGAAAUGGGCCGACUCCUAAUGUUCCGAUGAAAUCGUCUAAUUGGGCUGAUGAUGUGGAGGACGACCAUGAAGGAUUUUCAUCAAGGAGCAACAAAGAUCCGGUUAUAUUGCCGACUGCUCCAAGAGCUGCACGAGGACCAGGGAUUGACGAAGAAAACAUCCCUACAAAUCCUCCUUAUGUAGCUUACAUAAGUAAUCUGCCAUACGAUGUGGAUGAAACUGAUUUGGCUGAUUUUUUCGCAGAUAUGAAGAUUUCGAGCAUGCGUCUGCCAAAAGACGCGAAUAAAAUUAAGGGCUAUGGCUAUGUGGAAUUUGAAGAUCGCCAGAGCCUAAUUGAUGCCCUUUCUAUGACAAAUACGACCAUCAAGACGAGACGAGUGAGAAUCGAAGUCUCAAAUAGCACCAACGAUGAUCGUCGAGGUGGUAGGAUGGGCAGGGACAAUCGUCGAGACAAUUAUGACGAUCCAGAACGCACAUCCGGCGACUGGAGGAGCGGGCCGCGCGAAGAUCUGUUGGACACAGAGUCCUAUCGCAGCCGAUACGAUAGAGACCGAUUUGACAACAGAGAUCGACGAGACGAUAGAGAAAGAUAUGAAGAUAACAAGCCAGGUGCAUGGCGCGAGAGAGACAGCAACGAUAAAGGAUCCUCGUUUAGAGAAAGGGGUGGCUUCAGAGAUGAUAGCAAGGACAGGGACAGGGACAAAGACAGGGACUGGAAUCGCUUUGGUGAUAGAGGGAGAAGCAAAGACAGAGAUGGAGACAAGAGCAGUAGUUUCGGGCCACGUCGCAAUUACGGUGACUCUUCCGAUUGGGAUCGCGAUCGUCGACAGGACCGAGAUCCGAAACCCGAGUCGCGACAAAGACCGAAACUGCAACUACAGCCUCGCACGAAACCCGUCGAGCCCAUCGUAGUUGCGGAAGAUUCGACAGCUAAGGAAAGCACCGACGAACCGACGAAAUCAACGACAAGUUCAGAAUCGACUCAACGACCGCCAGCUGCUGCGCCCGUGCCAGCAGCAAAUAUUUUCGGUGCUGCUAAACCUGUAGAUACCACUGCCCGCGAACGAGAGAUAGAAGAGCGUCUCGCCAAGUCUUACGCGGAAUCACGAUCCCGAGAAGAAACGGAUACUAAGGAACGCAGAGAUGGUACUUGGGGUCGACGUAAUGGCGAAGGACGCGAUGAUAAAGACAAGGAGCGCGACAAAGAUAAAGACAAAGAAAAGGAAAGAGGGCGGCCAGCAUGGCGAUCAGAAGAGGAUAGAGGUGCUCGACUUGAGAGGUCUGCGCCACGAUCUCAACCGACUCCUACUCGUUCUGUAGAGGAGCAAAGUGGAUCCAAAUCAUCAUCUGCUUCGCGUUCUGGACCACCGACAUCCAAAGGACCUCAGAAGUCCAUUGAGAAAGAUACUCGUGCAGCGGAAAGGGAUCGCAAAGAUAAAGACAAAGAGAAAGAUGAAAUCAGUAGAAUGCCGAAAGCUAAGGACGAACAAGCUCCAAAUUUUGUAGCUUCCAACAAAUAUUCUAUGCUACCUGAUGAUGUGGAUCCCGACAAUUUCGAUGAAUAGUCUUAAUUGAUUACAAUUUGCAUCACACAUCUACUAAAUUGUGCCACAUGCAAUACACAAUUAUGCGUAUUAUCAUUUGUUUUACUUCUAUUAUUGCAUGGAUUUGUCGUAAACCAGGUGUUGCGCUCUUGGUAUUACUUUAUUGGAAUUAUUGUUGAUUUGUAUUUAAUCUCUAUUUUAAUAUUCUCAAUAACUAUAUUUCUAUAUCAACUUAUAUAUUUACUUCAUUUUCGGCACGAAAAAUUUUGGCAUUGUUAAGUCACAAUGUCGCAAAUUUCUCGUGAUUACCGAGUGAAUUACAUCAAACUUUUUGUAUGAUUCCAAGAAUAAUUACACUGUAUAUGAGGUGUAGCAAUUGGAACUUUAUACAUUAUACUUAAUCCGCUGUACAGUAAUUGUACGAUACGACUCGUUUACAUGUAAUAUAACAAUGCCAAUAUAGAAGGAAAUUAAAAUAAUAAGUAUAUGGGAACACAAA